GGCGGCGGCCGAGGCGGCGGCGGAGGCGGUUCGGGGAAGACGCGCUGCCGGUGGUGGCAGGGGUUGGCGGCGAGGACCACGCAGCGCGCUUCAGCCACGAUUGAGCCACAACCGGAGUCCGAGGCGGAGUGUCCACCUACAGAAAUGAGCUGCCAGACUUCGCCAGCAUUAGUUCCAGGAACUUCGACGGGUACGUCGUCCCAGACGGCGCCCGCCCCGGCGGGCACAACUGCAUCCAACAGUGAGCUGGCGAGUCUUUUUGAGUGUCCGGUCUGCUUUGACUAUGUGUUACCACCCAUCCUUCAGUGUCACAGCGGCCAUCUUGUGUGUACCGCCUGCCGCCCGAAGCUCACGUCUUGUCCGACCUGCCGGGGCCCUCUGGAAUCCAUUCGCAACUUGGCUAUGGAGAAAGUGGCCAAUUCCGUGCUUUUCCCAUGUAAAUACGCCUCUUGUGGAUGUGAGAUAACUUUGCCACACGCUAAGAAAGCCGACCACGAAGAGCUGUGUGAGUUUAGGCCUUACCUGUGCCCGUGUCCUGGUGACUUCUGUAAGUGGCAAGGCUCUCUGGAUGCUGUGAUGCCCCAUCUGAUGCAUGAGCACGACUCCAUUACGACCCUCCAGGGAGAAGACAUCGUUUUCCUGGCUACCGACAUUAACCUCCCUGGGGCCGUGGACUGGGUGAUGACGCAGUCCUGUUUUGGUGUUCAUUUCAUGCUAGUCUUGGAGAAGCAAGAAAAGUACGACGGUCACCAGCAGUUCUUCGCCAUUGUCCAGCUGAUAGGAUCACACAAGCAAGCUGAAGACUUCGCCUACCGUCUUGAGCUGAACGGCCACAGGCGGCGGCUGACUUGGGAAGCAACUCCACGCUCCAUUCACGACGGCAUUGCCACAGCCAUUAGGAAGAGCGACUGCCUAGUCUUCGAUACCAACGUUGCAGAGUUUUUUGCAGAAGACGGCAACCUGAGCAUCAAUGUAACUAUCUCCAUGUGUUGAAAUGGCAAGCCAGCGUUUUCUGGCCACUGUUUAAAACCAUCGCAGUCCAUUUCACAGAGCAUAAGGCACCCAUUUUUGUCUGUCAACCUGACACUUUUCAUAGUUCUGGACACAUGACGUAAAUAAAAGCAAAGGCUGUU